CUCGCUGUGCGCGCUGCCCUCGCACCCCUCCUGCCCGCGCUGCCCGGACUGUUCCUGCUGUUCUCGCUGCCCUAGCCUGCCCUGCGCUCGGGAUCAGGCCUGGCUCCUCCUCCAGCGCCCCGUGACGGUCCCAGGGGUGACACUACCUGCCCAACCUGCGCUGCGACACCCGGUCCCACCCCUUGAGUCAACCGGCCGCGCUGCCGCCAGCUCGGCCUGUGUCGCCGCCGCUGUCCCGGACCCUCGGCGCUCCCCGGACCCUUCUCUGCCCCCUGCCCCGGCACGGGGGAACUUCGGUGGCUCCGUCUCCUCUCCCGGCGCCCCGGGAGCCCGGCCCGCCCCGCCGCCUGCUCGAGGCUUGGCAGCGGCGAGGAGGAAACGCAGGGCGGCCCUGCCAGGGCAGGCGGCGCCGCGGCGACAUGGGCAGCGCCGAGGAGGACUAUAACUUUGUCUUCAAGGUCGUCCUGAUCGGGGAGUCUGGGGUGGGAAAAACAAACCUGCUGUCUCGUUUUACCCGCAACGAGUUCAACCACGACAGCCGCACCACCAUCGGCGUGGAGUUCUCCACGCGCACCCUCCUGCUGGGAGAGGCGGCGGUGAAGGCUCAGAUCUGGGACACGGCCGGCCUGGAGCGCUACCGCGCCAUCACCUCGGCGUACUACCGGGGGGCUGUGGGUGCCCUGGUCGUGUUUGACAUCACCAAGCACCAGACAUACGAUGUGGUGGACCGCUGGCUGAAGGAGCUGUACGACCACGCUGAGGCCAGCAUCGUUGUCAUGCUGGUGGGGAACAAGACCGACCUGGCACAGGCUCGAGAGGUGCCCAUGGAAGAGGCAAAAAUGUUUGCAGACAACAAUGGGCUGCUGUUCGUGGAGACCUCAGCGCUGGACUCCACCAAUGUUGAGGAGGCGUUUGAGACCAUCCUGAAGGAAAUCUUCUACAAAGUGCAGAAGCAGAAGCAGAGGAGCAGCCAAAGCAACACGGUGUCACUUGGCAGCGAGAGCCCUGCAAGCACAGCCCCAGCACAGGCAGAGAGGCGCCCGUGCUGCGUGGCCCUCUGAGCACCCCAGGAAAUCCCCAGGGAGCCCCACAGCCCUGGGACACAGCAGUGGCCACCAGCACAGGCUGGUGUCACCCUGCCUGCACUGCCACCCCUGUCCUGGUGCAGUGGGGACCAGCAGCCUGGACAGGGGCCAAAUUCUGCCAUAAACAGUGAAAAGCACCA